UUUUACUCUAUCCAAACUCCUAUGCUCAUCCGGGCCGCUGUAUUUUCUCUUCAAACUCUCCAACGCACGCCGCGCACUUAACACACCCCCGCCUUUGCUGCCCACGGAAAAGCUUAGCGGCCCGCCAGCUAAAAGCUGCCCUCGUUCGACCCGCCCAUCUUCAGCAUCUCCAAAAAUCUACCCUUCCCGAGACCCGACCACCACCAUCACCAAACGACGAUCUUCCGCGCCUGGAAAGCAGCCUCGCCUAGCAACUGGAGUCAUCUUCUCCCCAGUAUCGACCAAUCUGAAUUGCUAGGCACGCCGUGCUCAGGCCCGUCGUUGACGAUGCGUCAGACGCAUGGCGGGCGUCGCGAAACCCAAGCAGACGAAAGCUCUGGUGAAGCGGAGAGAGGACGUGGUAAACUGCUGCCGCCUCUGUCGUUGCCCAAGAAUCGCAGCACGGGAAACCUGGCUCUCUCAGCUGACACAGUCGAUCGGAGCCGGUACCGCAUGUCAUUUGAGGGCUCGUCAUCUGGCUUGGACCAUGACCUUACCAUAACGCCAGUCAUGGCUGACCAUGAACACGGUCUUGGCCUGUCCGGCCUUCGACGCAUCCGACAGCACCCUCCUUCAAGAGCACCGACGAUGCCAAAUUCGAAUGCAUCUUCUCGAAGUCCGUCCGUCGUUACUCUGUCCAGAUCUACUUCAAUGAGCGCCACGCUUGCCCCGCCCCCUCCAAUGUCCCUUACGGCUGGUCCGACAUCACCCAGUUUCUCAGAAGACUUGACGCGAUUUCCUUCCGAAUCCCUUCACUCCUUCUCAUUCGCACAUCAAUCCGAAGACUUUUUGCAUAACCGACAAAGCGUCUUGAAACGAUCUAUCGAAUUUAUGAAGGACCGUAUGGGAUGGUCGGUCAAUACAACUCAAGCUGGUCUUGCUAGUGCCCAAGCUAGAGUGACUGGGGAUAUCGAUACACAGAAUAUGCUCGAACUUCUCGCCAGAGCACAGAUAAUCGGAGCUGGUAACUUGCCUAACGUAGAUGAGGCGGUGGCUGCUCCUUUGACAGGACCCGCGGAUAUGUCGGCUGAGAAUGUCUUUGAAAAACAUUUUCUACCUACAACCCUAACAGAAGAGCCCGAUGAGAUAGACGAGAUGGGAUCACCAGUUGAAAUACGGACUAAAUCACGGCCAGCUCGAGAUAACGAUGACCAAGCGCCGCCAUCCCCCCGAUCAAAACCUGCGGACGCUAAUCAAGGCCCCAAGGAAGCUACUAUCGUGGUUGAUGCAGCAUCUCCACGACCGCAGCGACCAACAAGCCUGACCCGAACUAUGACCGAUGUGUAUGCCGCCUCUAUUCAAGAAAAGUUGAUGGACACAAUAGGCCAACCUUUCUUGACUAGUCAGCCCAGCUACGACGAUCAGGUUAUAUCGCCAACACUUACUCCGCAAUUAGCAUCCUCAACCAAGUUCCCGAGUGCUAUUAACCCCGCUGUCCAUGGUCAUACAAAUAGAUGGGUUCCUGCCGCACAAGCUAUUUUCACAACAGAAUCUAAACCCCCGUGGACGAUCCUAGCUGCUAAUGAUCUCGCGUGUCUGUUAUUUGGUGUAACCAAAGCAGAGGUUCGCAAGAUGGGUAUUUUGGAAGUUGUACAAGAAGAGCGCAGAGCAUGGUUGGAAAGAAAGCUACAAAAUCCGGACCAAAUCGCCGGUUCUGGCCGAAAUUCUCCAGUACCAGUACCACCAGCACCGACUACAAACGCCCUUCUCAGCAGUCGAUCUGGAAUCACAGCCCAGUUACUGAGCAAGCCAAACUCGCGGUCUCAGUCCGCAAAGUCAAGCCCUCGACGAGCCCAAACUGUCCAUAGCGGUGACCCAGCUCCACCAACAGUCCGAGGUACUGGGAACCAUCGUAGCAGCUUAUCUCGUGGUGUAUUGCUCUGUGGUGAUGUGGUACCCAUUCAAAAACGAAAUGGUGCCACUGGCUCAGCCAGUUUGUGGGUUAAAGAGAAACGGUUUGGCCUUAUCUGGGUUGUAGAGGAAAUCCAUGAGGACGUUGCGAAUGUUAUCCUAGACGAGGAUGGCAUUGUGAAAAGCAUAUCUGGUUCAACAGAGCCGAUUUGGGGACUGAAGGAUGUCAAGCCCCAGACUGAUAUUGCAACACUGAUCCCUCGGAUACCAAGGCAAGGCUUUGACCCUACAACUGGCGAGGUUGAUUUCGCCCAAACUACCAAGCGCAAGUACUUUACUUGCCCAAACCGCAGAGAGGUCAAUCUCCCUUGCAUGGUAGAGCAAGUUAGAGGAAAGCUUGAGCUACGAGUUUCAACAUUCCCCCAUAUGGCGGGUAUCAUUGUAGUUGAUCCUUCAACGUUCAACAUCAAGAGCUCUAACGCUGUCUUCUGUGGUGCAUUAUUUGGAUUUGAAAAGCCAGAUGGCAUGCAUAUUACGGCCUUGAUUCCUGAUUUCGACAAGGUUGUUGCAACACUCACCCACGAGGAUGGUCUACAGCUGUUAGAUGGAAUGGUUAUCCCUGAACACCGUUUUCGACGAGCUGCAGCCUUCACGGCUUUGAAGGAACAGAAACCCGACGCAGCUGCCUCGUUCCUACAACCAGACGGACUGUUAGCCAAACAUCGAGACGGGUCCGACUUGAAGAUCGAUGUGCAGAUGAGGGUAGUGGAAAGUGAAAAGCAGACGCCGCUGGCCCAUGAAACCGUUGAGGAACACAACGAUGAAGAUCAAGACGAUAGCAAUGCUAGAAGUGAAAGGUUCACUGCCCAGCGAACUGAAAUGGUUUUUGCUCUCUGGAUUACAUACUCACGCCAUAUUCAUGCUUCGGCAAACAGAUUCGACUUUAACACGACGCAGGAGUCUGGCAUUUCUACACCAUUGCAUCAGCCGUCGCCUGGACAAACCCCAGCCCGUACACCGCUUGAGCUGUCCUCCGAUUCAGAUGAGUCGAAAGAGAAAGCCACGCGGAAGACUCCCUUAUCUGGCCAAGUGAUACAAGAGACUACCAGCAAGGCGCAACCCAGUGACGGCCAAGAUUCGACCGCCCCAGUGGCAGAAGAUUCGACUACUGUCGCAGACCCUAAUCGCAAAAAGACCAUUGCAGACUUUACAAUAUUAGAAGAUAUGGGCCAAGGUGCCUAUGGUCAAGUCAAAUUGGCUCGAGACAAGCAAACUGGCAAGAAGGUUGUACUCAAAUACGUUACGAAGCGUCGCAUCUUGGUGGAUACGUGGACUAGAGAUCGCAAGCUCGGUACAGUGCCUCUGGAGAUUCAUGUUCUCGAAUAUCUACGACGACCCGAAUUCCGCCACCCCAAUAUUGUCGAAAUGGAAAGCUUCUUCGAAGACGACGUCAACUAUUAUAUCGAGAUGGCUCCCCACGGCCUUCCUGGCAUGGAUCUCUUUGACUAUAUUGAGUUGAGAGCAAAUAUGGACGAGUCAGAGUGCCGAAGCAUCUUCGUUCAAGUGGUACAAGCCAUUGAUUUCUUGCACACUCGAGCUCUUGUUGUACACCGCGAUAUCAAGGACGAAAACGUCAUCUUGGACGGAGAAGGAAACAUCAAACUCAUUGACUUUGGAAGCGCUGCAUAUAUUAAGAGUGGGCCAUUUGAUGUCUUUGUUGGUACUAUUGACUACGCUGCACCAGAAGUAUUGGCAGGAAAGCCGUACGGCGGCAAAGAACAGGAUGUCUGGGCCCUGGGCAUCCUUCUCUACACCAUUAUAUACAAGGAGAACCCCUUCUACAGCAUAGACGAAAUCAUGGAUCGGGAUUUACGAGUCCCGUAUACCCUCAGCGAUGAGAGCAUUGACCUCGUCCGUUGCAUGCUCAACCGCGACGUUGACCAACGAUAUACAAUCACUCAGGUAACAGAGCAUGCAUGGUGCCAGACGAAAUGAAGUACAGAAGAAAUGGACGAUAAUUGCAUAAGCGGCGAUAGAGCGCAGCCGUAGAGUUGCUUGCGCCUCCCGUUACGAGGCUACUUAUCAUGACAGGGCAGAGCGAACGGAUGGUACAUAUGGGGUGGAAUUCUGAUACCAAGCAACAUCAGAUUAUAAAACAAUACAAGCUCCGGAUAUAGAGCCGGGAUGGACUACACAUUGGCGAGGAGUAUUUUGGCCUCAUCUUUCAAACCGAUCUUGCUACCACAUUUUUAUUUAAAGAACAUAGUCACGGCGUAUACAGCGAAAAGCGCAAAUGAUACAUAUCAAGUAUUUUAACAUCUCUUCCUUGGUCUAGACUGCCCCAUAAAUCCUAAUAGGAGAAACUGCAAGAGCAUUAACUAUAAUUCAGCUCUGCGUUUGCUCGGAAGUUGCAUCGACAGCGACAUUCUGGCACUGGACAUUCUGAAUGCCUAGCAAACCACUGUCUUGCAUGAUCAAGGUGCAGGACGUGGUCACAUCGUAGGCAAAAAGUAGGGAAGCGCCCAGCCAUUUUAGUUUCCUCCUUCUCUUCCGGCUUAUCAGAGCGCGGGACGCCGACAACCUCGAGGCAGACAACACAUCGCGGCAGGUGGCGGCCACAGUUAGGACAGCUGACACCUGCGUUGAUGCUUGUCGCCAGGAGAGGGUUGCGCAUUUCCAUAGCAGACGAUACAGGGCGCGGUGCAUUCGAAGAGGUACCGUUGCCAUGCUGGUUGCUGAGUGUCGUUUCAGCAUCGCAGAAGACGCAGCGAAGGGCUAUCUGGCGGGAAGGCGGCUUUAGGGUCGGGAUACCGUCCCGUUUGGACCGCUUCGUCGAUUCUACCUCAAAUUUGGUCCUCUGGAAGAACAGUUUGUGUCGUUGGAGGUGUACGCGGUAUGCAUUGCGCCAUGCUUCGCACCGAAUAUCGUCAAUGAAGCGAGGGUAGCAUAUGGACAAGACGAGGGUUGCGGUUUGGUAGUCCUGGAACUUUUGGACAUAUCGCGCGAAGAUGUCGACUAGCGAAUCAGUAAUACCGGUGAGGACGAUUCCCUCGAUAUCGCCUUCUUGGAUGGCGCAUUCGACUUGUUGGUUUAGCCAUGCUGUCAGCUGGUCGUCUGUGAAGUUGCGAACUGCUGCAUACACUCUAUCAGCUAGAGGUAGCGUUCGCUGGUUUGCAAUUGUUGUCCAGUCGCCUGUAGCAAUGAGGGAUGAUAUGGCACGGAGAUAAGGGUCUGUCUUGGACGCUACAGUCUCGUCAAAAUCCAGCUGCUCUUUAGCUAACUGCGAGUUACCGCGUCCGACAAGCUGAAGUGCCAGAGACACAAAUAGAAGCUCAGGGUGUGAAGAGCUGGCCUUUUUGAGAAUUUCGAUAGCGCGAGCAGUAUCUCCUUUAAAGAGCGCUCUACACGCUGCCAUGGUGUGUACUGCUGUUGGGUAUUUGGACACAGCCUGGCGAUCCAGGCCUUUUGGAUCAUGCCUCUCAGCAUCUCCCCAACCACAGAUUUCGAGACAGAGUUGUCGAUGGUACGGCCUUUUCGUUGUGACAGCGUCGAACUUUCUAAGAUGUCGCUUUUUACAGUAUGCUGCAAUGCUGCGCUCUAGUUGUGGAGUGUCUGGUGGUGUCAUUCCUGGCUCCAAGCGUGUAGCUGGCGUUCGUCCUAUAGACAAGUUAGUGGAGCUCAAGAGGAAAGGACAGGCGGUUGCUGACCAAAGUUAUUUGUCCAGAUUGACUGGAUUCCUAAGUAGCUCAAGUUGGCACCUGAGAGAAUCAGGGCGCCGUCUUCUGCUGCUUCCUCAGCAUCAGCUACCCAAUCCCACAGGUAGCGCUUCCAAGGGUCAUCUGCAACAAUAUCUCGAUUCAGUGUGGCAUCGAAUAGGUACUUUUCUUUCGCACGUAGUAGCAUGGUAUGAUCUACUAUGCCUUGGGCCUCGCGCGGUAGGCCUUCGGAUAUCAGAGUACCAAGAAGAGCCUCGUGAAACUCUCUGCACGACUCUAGACUAUUUGAUGCAAGAGAAAGGUUGCCGUCUCCUUUUCUCAGUGACCUGACGUUCUUUCCGUCAGUUGUCGACUCGGGAGCGUUGCUCUCAUCUUGCAAAAAGUGCCGGAUACUUCGCAAUUUUCCAGCGAUUGUUGUUGCACUGUAGAAGUCGUCGGGGAGAUUGGGGGAAAUUUGAUCCAAAUGCUCAAUCUCAAGGUUGGGAGAGGGUAUCGACUUUAGUUGGGCUGAGAUAUUUGCCGCAAUCCUUGAUUUCGGAAUUCCAAAUACCGGUGUAUUAUCCAGCACAUGUUGUGUUCGAAUGGGUGCCAGUAUUUCAGAAGAUUCGCUUUCUUGGAAUUGCAUGAUGUCUUGGUAUGGUGUACCAGCUUCGAAGUGUUAGUGCAAACGCCGGAGAAUCUAGUAUGAUGUCGCUUACCAUCUAGCCCUCUAUGAGGUGCUUGCCAUGGAACUAGUUUAUAAAUUUGAUCCGCAGUUCUCGAUGGCUGCUCUAGAAUACCAAAGCUACCAUUGGUCUUCAAUACCAACAGCCUUGGUCGCAGUCCAGGUGAUCCUAAGGUAGCCCAAUCGAAAGAAACAAUACGAUCAUUCUUGUUCGAUGCCUCUCUAUAGGAUACAUCCAUUUCAUGCGAUGUUUGCACCUGUACGAGCUCUGGUCCUUCCUGCAUGGGCAUAUCGGAUGAUGGGACUUCUUUGUUAGUCUCGAGGACCUUGAGCUGCCCAGUUCUCGAGAGAACAGCAAGCAGACCGCGCUGCUCGCGACAGUAACGAAGCGACCGGAUAAGAGAGUGCUUAUUGUCGCUGGAAUUUGGGUCAAUAUCGGCCUCGAUGGCACGAUCUAGGCGCAGUGCGCCACCCCAUGGUACGUCAUCCUCGUCAACUGCUUGGAGGUAUGAGUGCGACGCAACAGCUCGAGAAGUUGCACGGCGGUCCCAGAUUAAUACACCAGGGUGGUCUAGAGCAGAUGAGGCGAAAUAAUUUUGGUCGGCAUAGUCAAUAGCAAGGUUGUUGUUGCACUUUGUUUGGAAAGUGAUUGCAUUUG